CUGCCAACCUAAGCGCCGGUCCUUCCGCCGCCAUCCACGUCCCAUAGAAACACACACCAUCGCGCUGCAUUUAAUCAUGAGCUUUACAGUGGAAGAGAGGGGCAACCCGAACACCCUGUCCUACCGCCUGUUCUUCAAAAAUGUGGAAGGCAACUAUAUCUCACCAUUCCACGACAUCCCUAUGUGCGCAGAUGAGGCGCAGAAUAUCUUUAACAUGGUUGUUGAAGUGCCAAGAUGGACAAACGCAAAGAUGGAGAUUGCUACCAAAGACCUCCUGAAUCCAAUCAAGCAAGAUGUAAAGAAAGGCAAGUUGCGAUAUGUUGCCAACAUUUUCCCACACAAAGGUUAUAUAUGGAACUAUGGGGCCAUUCCUCAGACCUGGGAGGACCCAGCACAUAAGGAUGACGAUACGAGCUGCUGUGGAGACAAUGACCCAAUUGACGUCUGUGAAAUUGGCAGCAGGGUGUGUUCUCGUGGUGAGGUCAUCAAAGUGAAGGUUCUGGGGGUGCUGGCCAUGAUUGACGAGGGAGAGACUGAUUGGAAAGUGAUUGCAAUCAAUGUAGACGACCCUGAAGCUAGCGAAUUUAACAGCAUCAGUGAUGUGAGGCGUCUGAAGCCUGGGUACCUUGAGGCUACAGUGGACUGGUUUAGAAGGUACAAAGUGCCAGACGGAAAACCAGAGAACUGCUUUGCCUUCAAUGGGGAGUUUAAAGACAAGGACUUUGCCAUUAAUGUAAUCAAGAACACUCAUACUUUUUGGAAAAACCUCAUUAGUCAGAAGUCCAAAGCUGGAGAAUUGAACUGUAAAAACACAAGCGUCUCCGAGGGCAACAGUCCUUUCUGCUGUUCAGCGGAUGAGGCCAAGGCUGCUGUUGGAGAGACAUGUCCAUGUGGGAAAGGGGACCCCAUUCCUUCAACAGUUGACAAAUGGUUCUACAAAUGAGACACACUUGAGGAUGCAUGGCGUUUAAACCCUACUCUAUGGUCUUAGGAACAGUGGGAGACUAGAUUUUUGCUUUGGAUGGCGAGAAACUGUAAAGUGUUAGAUAAUGUACAUUAACUCAAAAUAAUGUGUAGACUUAUGAUGCAUUCAUAUUAUGACCAAUUAACCUAACAAGAGGAGACUUUAGUGUUUGAUUAUAACUUAGGAGAUGUGCUGUCAGAUCAUGAAGGUACCCAAAUCCUACUUCUGAUGUGAAACUGCUUUAAUAAAGUGUUCUGGAUUAC